AUGACUCGCACCGUGGACGAGAUCAAAUACGAGACCCCUUCUUCAUGGGAGCACAAGAGCUUGGACGUUGCCGAGGAUGGCAGGCGACUAGCUCCCCAUUCCGACACAGCUCGUCCGAAAGGCCGGAUACGACGAUCCAUGACUGCCUGUCACACAUGUCGGAAGCUUAAAACAAGAUGUGAUCUAGAUCCGCGCGGUCAUGCGUGCCGUCGCUGUCUAUCUCUAAGAAUCGAUUGUAAGCUGCCAGAAACGACCGAUCGGUUCCAAGACAGUGCCGCAAUGUGGCCAGACGCCACCUCUGCGAUUCCCUCCAUUGAAGAGCGCCUCACCUCCCUAGAACGAUCCAUGAGGGAGAUGACGGGCAUGAUGCGGCAGAUGCUAGAUCACUCCCCAGGUUUCGCAAAUUCUUCAAUUCCGCACUUGACAAAAAGUAUCAUGACGGAUGAUACUGCCUCCAUGGAGGGAAGCCCGUCGUCUCCCUUCCUGCCUAAACCCGUUCGCCUCAUUCAGGACCUCCAGUCCGACUUCUUCGGAGAAGCAGAGACUUCUCCCGUUGACUCUCCCCUCUCCAGUGACGGUGCCGCCAAGGGCGCUAUCGACUCCAAACUAUCCCUCAAAUUGUUGCAAACGUUUGUCGAUCACUUCGGUGCCUGCGUUUCUAUUUACAAUCUCUCCGAUAUCCACAAUGACAUGAAAGCCCCCGACUCUCUACUGUAUAAUACUGCAUGCCUUCUAGCUUCACGCUAUGUCCCGGGGAUACCAGCGUCUGCUGUGCAUGCUCUAUAUCUUCAAGUGCGGCAUGCGGUAGCCAAUAUCUUGUGGGAGAAACCUCCCCUGAAGUAUGAGACCCUCCAAGCACUUGCACUUCUCUGUCUCUGGCCAGCAACCGCCCAGAAAGAGCCACCCAUGGACAGCUGGCUGUUGAGUGGCAUCUCAAUCAACCAUGCGAUUAUUGCGCUUGAGUUUAUAAACUAUGCGCCCUCGGAAGUUGUGGUGGACAAUGAAACGGCUGCGCAGCUGCGGUUAUGGAAUACAUAUUGCUUGACACAGCUACAUUUUGCGGUUGGAAAUGCGCGUCCAUUCCAUAUCCAGCAGAGAUACCUUGAUCACUGCCCACGGAUACUGGAGCACCCCGCAGCAACCCUGGAGGACGCCAGGGUUGUCGCGGAAAUACAGCUCUAUUUGAUUACAUUGCGGCUCCAGAGCAAUAGCAGUCGAAUGCGGUUGGCGGACCUUGACUAUGAGGAAAUCGAGCGAUGGAAGAGGGAGUGGGCUCACCUUUUCUGUAAGAAGCCUGCCAGUGUUUCCCGGGGACUACCACUGACUAGAGACACAGCUGGUGAAAGUUCCACAUUGGAGCUGAGCCUUUGGUUCUGCCAGACACUCCUUCACCGCACAGCAAUGAGGCUUCAGCCCAGAUCCGACAGGCUCGCAUCUGAGGUUCUGCAAACCUCACGUCUGAUCAUAUCGCGAUUCCUCCAGAUCCGGUAUUCUACCGCAUUGAGCCUUGUCGACCAGGUAUACUUCAUUGUCGGCUACGCUGCUCUGAAUUUGUGUGAUUUCAACCUCAUGGACCCGCUCAUCGAGCAGGUGCAGAUGUUCCUGCUGCAUCUCGCGCCCAACGAAGACCACAUCGCAUACCGGUUUUCGUGCAUGGUCGCCGAGUUCAAGCGGCGAUGUAGCAGUGCGGAAUGCAGUGAUCCGUCGUCCACGGUCAAAGGGUCUCCGUUAUCAUCCUACGGCGACAGUCGUAAGAUGAGCAUGGGUCAAGCACCGUUCAUGCCACCGCUCAUGGAUGGCAUGAUCGAGGGGUAUGGCUUCGAGCAACUGAUGCCAGAAGUCAUGCCGAGUUCUUUUCCGGAUGGGAUACUCAACGGAAUGCCUGUGAGUGGGCUAGCAGCGUAUCGGUCAGCGACGCUGUAA